AUGAGCGAUGGAACAAAGGGCGGCGGGGCAACUGAGGUCGCGGCCGCAGUGGCGGCCGACGUGAAAGAGAUGCAUCUGAGCAACGAGCUCAGGGCCCGUUGCAACACUGGCGCGAAGCCAAGGGUUCCAAUCAUCUGCGUCGAGUUCCACCAGGCGGAAGCCGAUUUCGAGGGAGCGUGCGUCAGGGACCUUCCCGUGGAGAAGCAAAAAGGCAUGGCGGGGUACACCUCGUCCACGCAGAACUGCAAGGACAAGGCCAAAGGGUGCCUUAAAGAUAUAUUAUGCAGCAGUGGCGCCGAAGUUCUCCACGGCACGCUUUCGCACUCGCAUUUGGCAAUCAUUCUGCGGGCCAUCGACGCGGGGGCAAAGUGGGAGAUCCCUGCAGACGACCUGACCCCUGCGCAGGCGGCAAUGCUGCAGCCCAUGUGCGAGGUCGGCACAGGCUUGCGGAUGAUGUCCGCAGUGGCGGACAAUGACCCUGUGGCGCAGAAACUCGUGAAGGAGAGGAUGCUCCACGAGGUGCUGGGCCCUGAUGUCAUGCUUGGCGAACAGAACUGCUCCAUCAUAGCCCAGGCCAUUAAUCGGCCACGCGCGUUCCCCAUGCGGAUGUCGGAGGCGGAGGCGAUGAAGGCACUCUCCUCAGAGAUCAAGAACGCAAAGGCGGACGGCAGCGACGCAGUCACCUACGAGGGCGCGAUGCAGGCGGCAGGUGCCCGACUGGGGAGCCCCCCCUCCGACCCCUCCUUCUGCGACUUCUUCCACUUCAUCCUAAACCUGGGCGCCGAUGGAGGCCCUCGCAUGCGGGAACUCAUCGACUUCGUCGAGACGUACGUCAAUUCUGCUACGAGAAUGUUGCGCCUGCCUGCGUUCGGCCUCGUGGGGGAGGUGGGCGCGCAGUUCCCCCGCGUGAGGGUGGCCGUCAUCGCGCGGGCCUACAGGUUGCCGCCCAGGAAGGCUUCCAAACAGACGGGGGCGCCAGGCUGGCGCAUCGAACCCGAACCUGCGUGGAAGCAUCGAACCCUGGAGCCGCACUUGCGGCUCAUGCAGGAUGUUCUCCACGCGCGCCGCGUGGCCCUGAGAACCGGAAUCGCGAGACACCUGGGCAACAACGCCUCAGCGGUGGUCCAGUUUCUGACCAACGUCAACAUCCAGUGCGCCAGCGCUAUGGCUGUCGCGGUCAAGGGGGCCAACCCCUCGACGGCGAAACCCGUGGCGAUCGCGUUCAACGCGAUCACUGGGCGCCCCGAGAACGAACAGGCCACCGUUGUGAAGGGGGAGAGGCCAGCAAUGCGGUUGCCACUGCCAGUCACGGAGUGGUUGGGCCAGGCAGCCGCCAGGGGCAUGGGCAAGAAGGAGGCCUACAUGAGGGCGGUGCUGCAGGUGCUACGGGAGAAGCAUUUGGCGCUCUGUUCGUGCGUUGAACAGGGCACAGAAUCGAACCUACCUGUGGCCCUGACCCGCCACGCAAUGAGCAACAUAGCGAAAGUGUGCACCAAAGCCGCAGUGGCGGCCGGCAAACUCGCGUUGUGGCCAUGCGCGCCGAAGCAGAACAAAGCGUGGGAUGCGGGCAACCACGCAGACAAGGUUCACGUGGAAGUGUGGGCCAAGAACCCAGAAGAGCCUGUGAAGACUUCGUUCUACAUACAUCCAGAGUUUGCCGCGCCCGAAAGCAAGGCGCCCUACGAUGUGGCGGAGACGGACCCCGCUCAACGAGAGUGGAAGUGGGCGGGCAAGGAGUCCACGCACCCCUUCUGGAGCGCGACGAAGCUCAUGGCCGAAGAGCUUGGAACGCGAAACGUCACUGAAGCAGAGGUGGGGCGAGCGCGUUUCAACGCGGAGCUCGCGCCGAAGGAAGUGAACAUAGUCAUCUGCGGUCGGGUCAUCUGCGUCCGAGUCCCCGUGGCGACCAACACGGUGGAUCUCCAGGCGGACGGGGAACUGUUCAUGGAAGACACACAUGUGAAGAGGAAGAAGGAAGCGGCCCCGACCGACUGGAGGAAAGCCGCGAGGAAGGCCAGAGCGAAGCCGAAGAGCCAGCCGCAGCAGCACAAAACCGUUUUCGACGGAAACGGCCGCCAGGACAUCUGA